AUGGGAUACCAGUACUAUAUGUACGAUCCGUCCAAGGGCGCAGCAAUUCCCUUCGCUGCCCUUUUCGGUCUCACCACAGUUGUGCAUAUGUGGCAAACGAUUCAAAACCGGACAUGGUACAUGACUCCAUUCAUUAUCGGAGGGAUCUUCGAAGCGAUCGGCUACCUCUGCAGGUUCAUCAGCGCGACCCAGACCCCCAACUGGACUAUGUACCCUUAUAUCGGGCAAAGCCUGUUGAUCCUCCUAGGUCCAGCGCUCUUCGCAGCUUCCGUCUACAUGCUACUCGGACGUAUCAUCCGCACGCUGAACGCCGGUUCACUGUCGCCUAUUAGACCGAAUUGGCUUACGAAGAUCUUCGUGGCGGGUGAUGUAAUUUCUUUCUUUAUGCAGAGCGGCGGAGGCGGAAUGCAAGCCAGUGCCAAAACCCAAGAUCGCGCUGAAAUGGGCGAGAAUAUGAUCCUGGGCGGCCUCUUCGUCCAGAUUCUCUUCUUCAGCAUCUUCAUUGUUGUCUCGAUCAUUUUCCACCGCCGAAUGUUGUCGACCCCAAUGCACCAUAUGGGCAUAGAUGUGCCCUGGAACAAAUACCUCAAGAUCUUAUAUCUCGUCAGCUUCCUGAUUUUAAUCAGAUCCUUGUAUCGCGUUGCCGAGUACAUUCAGGGGAAGGAAGGGGUUCUGCAGAGCAAAGAGGUGUUUAUAUACGUGUUAGAUGCAUCUCUCAUGCUUGUUUGCUGUGUAAUCCUAAACGUUUGGCACCCAAGUAAUGUUGUGUCGGGGAAACAGGCGCUGUAUAAGCAUGCUGAGGAUCUGGAGAUGCUGACGAAUAGUGGGCGGACGAACUUUUGA